UCUUCCGUUGAGCAAUAAUUACGUUUCCGCGUACUUUCUCCUCUCUCCGAAACCAUAAAAACAGAAGAAGAAGAAGAAGGAGAAGAAGAGGAAGGCAGUCAUCUGAAAUUUUGUUGACUUUUGAAACCGAAAUUAAUCGGAGAUGGCAGGUCCCGUGGCGGUACAGGUACCCAACUCGCCGAUAUUUUCAUCGCCAAGAAUCCCUUCCAUCUUUUGCAAGCCAUGUCCGUCGCCUAAAAUCCAUGGCUCACAAUCACCUACGUCGUUAUCAUUACCAUCAUCUUCGUCUUCCCCUUCUGCGUCUCCAAGAUCGCCUUUGGCGAUUCGGGUAAAUGAGAAAAGGUUGGAAGCGAAUUCAGGUACGGUGUUGAAGAGGAAGAGGCCGGGGAGGAUUGCUAUUCCGGUGGUGACUGAUGGAUUUUGUGGAUUUGGUUUGGAGACGCCGAGAAGAGAGGAGGAAAGGGUGGAGGUAAUUGAGGCUGAAGGAGAUGGGUAUUCGGUUUAUUGUAAACGAGGAAGGAGAGGGCUCAUGGAGGAUCGAUACUCUGCUUUUGUUGAUGUCAAUGGAGAUUCUAAACAGGCUUUCUUCGGUGUUUUUGAUGGGCAUGGAGGCUCAAAAGCUGCGGAAUUCGCCUCCAAGAAUUUGGAGAAGAACAUAAUGGCAGCGGUAGCAAGCAGAUGCGAAGAGAAAAUGGGAAUAGAAAUGGCAAUUAGAAAUGGCUACUCGACUACAGACACAGAAUUUCUAAAGCAAAGCGUUGGUGGUGGUGCUUGUUGUGUCACCGCAAUGAUUCACAAGGGCGACCUUGUGGUUUCCAAUGCCGGUGACUGCAGGGCUGUUAUGAGUCGCGGAGGAGUCGCUGAGGCUCUCUCCUCUGAUCACCAUCCUUCCAGGGAAGACGAAAGAGACAGAAUUGAAGCCUUGGGUGGUUAUGUGGAUUGUUGCCAUGGUGUUUGGAGAAUACAAGGGUCUCUUGCUGUAACUAGAGGAAUUGGAGAUCGACAUCUGAAACAAUGGGUGAUAUCAGAACCCGAAACUAAAGUUUUAAAGAUUAAGCCUGAGUGCGAGUUCUUGAUCUUAGCCUCUGAUGGCCUCUGGGACAAGGUUGCAAAUCAGGAGGCAGUAGAUCUUGUUCGCCCUUUAUGCAUAGGUGUUGACAAGUCGGAACUGUUCUCUGCUUGUAAAAAGCUGAGUGAAUUGUCAUCAAGGAGGGGCUCAAUUGAUGAUAUAAGUGUGAUGAUAAUCCAGUUAGGUAGUUUCAGUGUCUGAUUUUUACUUCUAGUAGAGAAGGAUUUUUGAUGGAGAUGGAUGAUUUUCGAGUCUCCUGCAAGUGUUAUUUUUUUCUUUCUAAAGAAACUUGACAGCUACAGCAGUGUGCAUGUCAGGCAGCUGAUUUGAAAUUUUACCCUUGUCAUCUGGUUGGAUGUUGGCGGCGGAGGUGGUGGUUGUAGCUGGUGAUGAUAGGGGAGGAGGAAAGAUGAUAUUCCUUCUGUUUCAAUUGAAUCUGAUGUAUAUAGGAUUAUAGACUAAAAAUGGAAGCUCAUCGGACUAGAAGUAUAUAAUAUCUACAUUUUAUAUACAGAAAAUUUUCAUUUUUCUGUGUUGAUUGUUA